AUGCCUUCUUCACCUUCUCCUACCCUCAGAAACAAAGGUAAACAGAAAACACCCACACCGCUUGUGGAGGAGGGAGGUGGAUCACCAACAUUGAUUACAUCGGGCUCCGAAGACGAUUUGAUAGCACAUCAAAACGAUCCGCUCGGCACGAAGCAAGAUGAAGAUGUCAGUGAUAUUGAUGACAUACCGGAUGAGCAACAAGGUCUGUUGGGGGAGAGGAAUGUACAUAGGAGCAUAAAUCCGCUGGUCGUAGAUGACGGGAAGAGGCGGAAGGGGAGGGUGAAAAUUCUAGGAGUCAAGCUACCCAAACCACUCCUCUACCUCCUAUCCAUCCCCCUAAUCCUACUCCUAUUCACCCUGUUUUCUCCCAGCUCAUCACCCUACCAGUCUAUACCGACCCUAUCUAACGGUACACAUCCAUUCCAUCCUACCGUUCUUCUAAUCUCCCUCGACGGCUUUCGGCCUUCAUACCUCACCUCGCACGUUGAUCUUCUCCCGAAUCUAGUAGGGCUGGCAAAGAGGGACGAUGGGAUCAGAGCACAAUCAAUGAAGCCCGUUUUCCCAACUUUGACAUUCCCUAAUCAUUGGAGCCUCAUGACGGGUUUGCAUCCAGAAUCACAUGGGAUUGUAGCUAAUAACUUUUGGGAUCCAACGUUCGUUGGUGAAGCUAUAACUUUGAGGAAUGAGGGAAAGGAUAGAGGGGACAUGGAAAUGACGGAUAUGGGACUUGGACAUGUGAAGAAUGACAAAAGCAUAGCUGACAUAGAUAAUAUAGAUAGUGUAGACGGUGUAGAUGUUAUAGAGGUGACUGGUUACAAUACGGCAAAGAAAGAUGAAAGUAACGUAGGAGCGCAAUUCGUGUAUACCGAAGAAGAUAAGAGCUGGAAUUCGAAUUGGUGGUGGGGUGAACCCCUCUGGAGUGUCGUGGAGAGAGCUAAGCAAAAAAGUGCCGUUAUCAUGUGGCCUGGUCCUCCCGUCACUUCGAAAGGUAUAUCACCAUCGUACUUUGUACCAUAUCGAAAACUCUCACCUUCCAAAAAAGUCACUCAAAUCUUAUCUUAUCUCGAUCUCGAUAUCAAGGAAAGACCUCAAUUUAUCGCAUCGUAUUUCCCGGAGAUUGAUCAAUCUGGACAUCGUGGUGGUCCAAACUCGAAGGGUGUGAAUGAUAGUCUAUCGUUAUGCGAUGAGAUGAUUGGAGAACUGCUGCAUGGACUGGAAGUGAGAAAUUUGGAUGAAAUUGUGAAUGUGGUCAUCGUUUCUGAUCAUGGCAUGGCGGAGACAAGCAAUGAUAGGAUUAUCUACUUGGACGAUAUAUUAGGUGGACAAGGUGUGGAUGCCAUCGAACAUAAAGAUGGUUGGCCAUCCGUCGGUUUGAGGUUCAAGGAUGGUGUUGACACGCAGUAUUACCUCGAUAUCCUACUUGAAGCUGCUGAAACCUCAAACGAUACUUUUGCGGUAUAUACCCACGAGACCAUGCCUGAAAGAUGGCAUUUCAACCACGGACAUAGAAUCGCACCUAUCUAUGUCGUUCCUACCAUAGGCUGGGCGAUCACUGAUCAUCACGAACAUGAAGUUUUGUUUCAGGGCGAUUAUCAGCCAAAGGGUAAUCAUGGUUAUGACAACUUGUUCCCCGAGAUGCAAGCGAUCUUCUUUGCCAAGGGACCAUUGGUCAAGUCAAUCAAGGAGAAAGCUCCAAUGGAAGUGUAUGAAUCGACUGAACCGCCUAUAUUGAAGAGUUUCCCAAAUUUGGAGAUAUUCUCGCUCGUCACGAGGUUGUUAGGGUUAUCACCGUCUUUCGAACCUGCCCACAAUGGCACAGUAGGGUCUUGGGAUAGAUACUUUGGGUCGUAG